GCCCAGUAUCCUCCGUGUUCCCGUGGGAAUCAUCGGGGCAAAGCGCCUUCUGUGCUGGCGACAUUCUCAGCCGUGCAUGACCUGAAGUCGGUUCGUCUGCGAUCCUCGUGAUGGACUCUCAGAAAGAUGCCUUACAUAGGAUAAUUGCCACAUUAGCAAACAAAAAUGAGGAGCUCCAGAAUUUCAUUGAAACGCUGAAUCACACUUUGGGUCGAGUUCAGGUCAACUCCACACAGGUGGUGUCGGAUUUAGAGGAGGAAUUCGACACGCUGUACUCCAUCCUUGAUGAGAUGAAAGAGAGUAUGACCAACAACAUCAAACAGGAAACAGUCCGGAAAUCACAUGAGCUUCAGAACCAGCUGACCCAAAGCACCAGUGCAUUAGAGAGUGCAGAGGAACUUUUGGAGUUUGCUAAUAAUGCGCUGCACAUUACAGAUGAGGGGGAUUUCACAAAGGCUGCCAAACAGAUCAAAGAUAGGGUCACAAUGGCUCCUGCCUUCCGCUUGACUCUGAAGCCCAAAGCCAAUGAUAAUAUGACGCACCUGAUGGUGGACUUCAGUCAGGAGAGACAGCUUCUGCAGGGCCUCAAGUUCCUCCCCGUGCCAGGAGCUCCAGAGAUAAUGCUCGGGGACUGUCUGGUCAUAGAUAACGAGGUGACCGUCGCCUGGAGGAUGCCGGUGGAGGACAGCAAGAUUGACCAUUACAUCUUAGAGUACAGAAAAACCAAGCACGAGGGCCUGCCGCGUGUGAAGGACGAGCAGCGCUGGGAGGUGGUGGACGACAUCAAGAGCACUGAACACACUCUACAAGGGUUAAGAUUUGACACCAGAUUCAUGAACUUCCGGGUAAGAGCAUGUAACAAAGCAGCUGCCGGCGAUUAUUCAGACCCAGUCACAUUGGAAACUAGAGCAUUUAACUUCGGCUUUGACUCCACGUCGUCUCAUCUGAAUCUGAAGGUGGAGGACAGGAGCGUGGAGUGGGAUCCUCAGGGAGGAAAAGGAGUCGACAGCAAAGUCAAAGGGAAGGAGAACAAGGGAAGCAGUGCACAUUUCACCAAUCUGAAGGAUAUGUCAAGAAGUGGAACUCCUUCUCCUAAAAGAACAUCAUUGACGCGUUCACCCGCCCCGAGAGGAGCCAGGGAUCGCUUCACCGGAGAGUCCUACACAGUACUGGGUGACACCAGUGUCGAGUCUGGCCAGCAUUACUGGGAAGUGAAGCCUCAGAAAGACUGUAAGUCCUACAGCGUUGGCUUGGCCUACAGAAACCUUGGGAAAUUUGACCAGUUGGGGAAGACCAGCACCUCCUGGUGUAUCCACAUCAACAACUGGCUGCAGAACUCGUUUGCAGCCAAACACAACAACAAGGCUAAGAAUCUGGACGUCCCUGUACCGGACAGCGUAGGGGUCUACUGUGACUUUGAUCGGGGCCAACUUUCUUUCUAUAAUGCUGAAAACAAACAAUUGCUCCAUACUUUUAAAGUGAAGUUCACCCAACCUGUUGUGCCAGCUUUCAUGGUGUGGUGUGGCGGUCUGACUCUGUCUACAGGCCUGCAGAUCCCCAGUGCAGUGAGAAGCUUCCAGAAGACAGAAAAUGGGCUGGGAGGAUCAAACAGCAGUAUAUGUCAGCAGGAUCCCGCCGAAGCCUGUGACAUUUGCCUCUACGAUAAACUGCCUUCGGUAGACGUUCCCUAAUGCUGUGACCCCAUUUCCCAAAACAGCUGAAAAACGAAUCAGUUAACCGUUUUGAAGACCGAACACCUUUCCGAUGACCGAGGCAUGUAGGCUUCCAGGACAAAGAGAUCUUGCUGUCAUCAGAUGUUUGCAUCAGGAAAGCUAGUCGCUUUAUCAGGGAAUAGUUCAGUGCACCUUCUACACUGAUUUUAGUUUGAAUUAAGAUGCUUUUUUUUGAGUUGUUUGUCCUUCACUAGAUGUGUUAACUCCUUUCUAUGGUAUAUUCUUUUGUUUUUUUACCUUAACUGUCCUCUUAUUGAUAUCUGAACUCUGUAGAUCAUCCUUCAUUUGUUGAAUUUGAAACUGGAAAGUUUUGCACAAGUGUAAAAAUGAUAAAAGCUGCUUUUUAUGUCCCCUCAUGGACAUAUGCUGUUAUUAUAUCUGGAUAAUUUUGGAUGUGGACUGUACAUUUUUGCUGUAUAAAUGUGUUAUUCUGAGUUAUGUUGAUUUUUAAGUCAUUUAGGUCUUUUUUUUAAUAGGUUUGACAAAUAUUUGUGCAGAAACUAAUAAUCAAACCUCCGUCUGUUUCUUUGUAACACUGCUUAAUGAGCUUAAAUCCAAAUAUUAAAGCUCACCAAAGUUUGA